AUGGGAGGUGAUGGUGGUAGCAUUCCUAGUCGAAUUGACCUGGUUAGGACUUCAGGAUAUGCCUUUAGCAGGAAUCUUGGUGGAAUGGGAUACUUGCCUAACACUCAGUGCAGGGCAGGCGAUGAACAUCUCUCUAGUAAUCAAAUGAAAGAACUUAGAUGGAAAACUUGCGCAUUAUCACAGGAACCUUUAGCACCUCCUAUAGUUUCCUGUAAACUGGGCUUAUUGUAUAAUAAAGAGGCAGUUUUAAAAUACAUCUUAUCCAAGAAGCCAAAGCCUUCUUUUGAACAUCUUAAGGGCCUAAGAGAUAUUAAGGACGUAGAAUUUAUGGUUGACAAGGUUACACAAAGAUUUUUGUGUCCAAUUUUAAGGACUGAACUUUCAGCCAGUAACAGAGGAGUUUUAAUAUGGAAAUGCGGUUGUUGUGUUUCAGAAAAGGCCUUCAAACAAUUCAUGAAAAAUGACUCAACUGAAGGCCUCUGCCCAAACUGUAACUCAAGUUUCAAGUAUAACCCGGAAGUUUUUAAUAAAUCUCAAACUCUUCCGUUUUCUUCAGAUUUGGUCUUUCUAGUCCCAGAUUUAAAUGAAGAAGGACUUUUAAGAACUAAGUUACUACACCUCAAUAAUAAAACAAUUAAAACACAAUAA